CGACACGCGGCCAGGACACGAAGAAGAAGUUUCGUAUUUACGAUCGCUCAAGGAAUACCAUACCAUACCAUACCAUACUUGUGAACGACCAUGAGCUUUUCACGGCAAACCAUCAUCUUUCUGCUCGUUUUCUGCAUCGCUCUCAACUGCUACAACAUCGGUAAUUAUGUGUUUGGUCACUACAGAGUUUUUGGAACUCGUGGUUUGAUCUUCGACGUCUUGCUCUUCGUUGAGACAACUGCCAACCUGGUGUCCGACUUCAUGCUGCUCAAGGUGCUCAAUCCACCGGCUAGCCCUACCCAGCUGGGUGCCUCUCAUGCCGAAAUGGUGGAGACGUUGCGCAAGUUCCUGAUUUUGAACACCGGAACCAUAGUGUUUUGCUGCGUGGUCCACAUAGCCGCAUCCCACUACACAGCUCAGAAUGUCCGCGUGGAAGGAGCUAAAUCCGUCGAAGAAGAGCAUGCUGUGUGGGACUUUGUGUUUUUCCUAUUGGCCGGGUGGUACUUUCUUCUAGCUGCAGUAAAGGCCGUCAUCUUGUACAACAUCUACGGCUUCUACAAGGAGUUGAAGGAGAACCCGGCCGUCGCGAACGUUGUCCUAUUCUUCAAUCCGCUGGGCGCACUGAGACAGCCCGUCAUUUUCGUCAACGUGAAGGCACCGGCGGGGGCGGCGGCGACAACGACGACAACUCAGUAGAAAGCGCCAUUCGUACAGUAAUUUGUAACAGAUUUUUUUCGAUACAUAAACAAUACAUCUUAGUACGGGUGACUACGAGUUGACCGUUUCCCAGAUUUGUCGUUUUUUGGGCCAUGUUGCAUCGGGCACGGCAAGUAGGCCCCUAUGGGCUAAGGUAACUGCC